AUGAGCGCGAAUACCACCAACUUGCAGGCGCUAUCGAGCGGUGGAGAUGUGUAUGCAAAGAAGCGUAAAGCCCGUCAGGAGCAACUGGCCGAAGUCACCUUUGACCCCGAAGCCCGCAAGGAGUAUUUGACUGGAUUCCAUAAGCGAAAGGUGCAUCGUCAGAAUGUGGCGCGGGAACUGGCAAAGCAGAAGGAACAUGAGGAGAAACUUGAGGCCAGGAAGGAGGCUCGUGCUGCCCGUAAAGAGAUGCAGGAGGAGAAAGUUCAGGAGUAUGAGAAGUACCGCCGCCAGCUGAAGAUCAAGUACGGAGAGGCGUUGAGCGACGAAGAGGAUGACACAAUAUUCUCUUCUGACGACGAGGACUCGAAAAAGAAGGACCCUAAGGAAUCCAAAUUCAAGACGAAGACCUCCCUCACCACCGUCACCGUCAUUGAGGACAUGGAUCAGGACGACGGGACCUUUGGAACCCCCAAAAAUAAUACUGCUACUAUGGAAAAGGCUGCCAAGAAGAAUGAGUCUAAAUCAGGGGAGCAGGAUGGGGAGGAUGAUGAGAAUGUGGAUGGUGAGGAGGGUGGGGAUAAGAAGCGUCAGAAGCUUGGAAGUUCGUCGGCUACUUCUGCCAAGGGUGCGAAGAAGGUGUACCCUCCUAAAGAGAAGAAGAAGAAGUUCCGCUACGAAGGCAAGGUGCAGAGAAAGAUUACGGCGAUGACGGAUAGAGGCCGCGGAGGUGGCGGCGGACGUGGGGGUGGACGUGGCGGCGGACGCGGUGGUGCUAGUGGUGGACGCGGUGGUGCUAGUAGCGGACGCGGUGGUGCUGGUGGCGGACGCGGUGGUGCUGGUGGCGGACGUGGCGGACGUGGCGGUCGCAGGUAA